AUGUUGCUUGUUGGAAUUUUUUACACAUCAUGUUCAUCGAAAACAACUGAACUUCAAGAAGCAUUAGCAAGUUUUGAAGAACGCAUACGAACAUUAGCAACAAAAAAUACUGAAAAAGAUAAAGAAAUUGAAUCGAUUAGUGCAACUAUACGUGAAUUGGAAAAUCAAAAAACAAAUAUUCGAAACCAAAUGGAUAAAAAAGAUUCAGAAAUAAAUGAUCUUAUUACAAAAUUGAAUGAAAAAAAAGUACAAAUUGAAAGUUUACAAUCGGACAAACAAUCUCUUGAUGUUCAACUAACAGAAUUUAAAACUGUCAAUGAAACACUUGCUUCAAAAAAUGCAGCUAUUGAAAAAUUACAAAACGAACUUGAUGAAGAAAAAAAAUCUAAUGAUGAACAAUUAAAUCGUUUGAAACAAGAAAUUAACAAUUAUAAAAACCAAUUAAAUCAAUCACAAAAUAAUGAAGAAAAUCCUCUUAUCAUUCCAAGUCAACGUUUUCAACCAUUAUUAUCACCUAAUGAAACAAUUAAAACUUCUUUAUUAGGAUCUCAAGAGUCUUUAGCUCAACAGGAUCAAAUAAAGAUCGAAAGUAAAGAAAACAUUUCUAGCGUCCUUGGUAGUGGAAAUAAUUCACUAGCAAAUCAAACGAUUCCCACUAAUGAAAAACAACAGCUGCAACUCAGCCAAAAUGAAUCAGUUUCUAUAUUACCCAAAAGUGGUUCAGCAGGUAAUACUUCCACUUUUUUAGUCAUAUAG